AUGAAGCUCAUCAGCGUCAAGAAUGCUAUGAGCCUCAAGCGCAGGUCGCAAAACACGCAGAGCCCUCCAGCAGCGGGUCUCGCUGAAGCACAGCACGUUGUUGAUGCGCGCUUGAACAUCUCAAGCCCGGCGUCGAUUCAGUCUAGCAAAGUAGCUUGGCUACUGGGCCUGGAAGCUCAACCGACUAUUCAGGACGAUACGCGAUCACUACAAACAUACCGCAGCCAGCGUCGUCGCCAGCGUCUGGACGAGGAGCUGAUGUGGUCCGCAAGCGACGAAGAGGAAGCCGACAUCCAAUGUACAACAGCCGAAGACUCGAAGGCACAAUCCAUAUAUGGCGACGACGAGAGCGACGAGGACGACAACUUGUCUGACGCAGAUACCGUCGAGAUCCCAAUCAUGCUCGAAGCUGUCCGUCCACGAAUCCCCACUGUCGUCCCAGCCGUUGUUCCCGAUAGCCCCUUAGACGAAGCCUUUGAAGUCGAGGAGGUGCACGAACUGCCUAGUGCAGAGACUUCGGAAGAUGACCAAGAAAUAAACACCCUUGCGCCUUCCCUCAUUGUUACAGAAGUUCCUGUCGUUGCCGAAGCUGCAGCGGUCGACACUGCUGAAGAAGUUGUCCGUCGGCAGACAUCAAGAACCCCUCCACCAAGCCCACCUAAGAGCGUACGGCGAGCGGCUCUUGCCAAAGCUCGUGUCUCGGUUGCUGCUGUUGAUCGGUCUGCCCUCAUUUACGAAGCGCCACUCACGCUCCCAUCUGUCGAGUUGACACCGCUUGUCGUCGAGCAAGACACAGAGUACGAAGACUUCUGUGAACGUAUGCUCCUGGAAAGCCUUGCUAGACCCCAGUGGCAAGCCCGCGCAACAAGCUCUAGCGUUUCGUCUACCGACAGCCGGCUCGGCCUGCAAACGCCGAGUUUGUCAUCUUCAGCAUCAUCGCUGGCGUCCAUGCAAGGUCUUAAGGUGUCUAGGGAGCAACAAACGCAGCGGGACCAAGCUGCCCACGAAGCCAAGCUCAAACUUGCUGCAGCCCGUAACGCUUUGAAGCGCGUCAAGGUUGGAGGACGAGCUGUGCAAACUCCUGUCUACCACGCCAAAGUCCUUGAACAGGUCGAGGCACUUCGCAUUCAGCUUCAUCGUGGUCAGAACAACAGCUCUACCUCGCUCGCAAGCCUGCCCCAGGAGUCUGAGCUGCCCUCACCGGCAGCCUCAUGUGCCUCGUCCAUCAAGUCAAACCGCUCCAGCAGGCGAUUGACCCGUGAGCGAGACUUUGCUGGUCCAAAGCAAGCAGAUGUUCGCAUCGGUAUUGCUGCACCACGCGACUUGCAGGCUUAUGCACGUUCCAGUGCUGGACAAAGACUGGCUGGUGGUCCUUCAGCUGGACUAGGCCAGCCUCGCUCGCUCAUGCCCGCAAAGCCAAGCGCGAAGGCACGUUCUGCCAUCACCUCUUACAAACCACAAACACACAUCACCAGCAUUGAGGAGCGUCUGCUGUAG